GUCAUAUGACAUACUUUUUUUUUUUUAAUGGUGUAGAAGAAAGAGCAGAUUCCUCACACACCAGUCUCAGAGAAAAGAAAAAAGUAAAGGUUUGUGAUAUGAAAACCACAAGCAUCACGAUCUUGUUUUGGCCGCUCUUCAUCCUAUUAUUAUCAGACAAAAGCCAGACUUCUAAAACAGAAGUCAAAUGUAAUUUCACUGCAAAGAAUUAUGCUUUGAUUCCAGCAAAUAUCAAUAAAGAUGUUACUAUACUUGAUCUCAGUUAUAACAAAAUUACUCUGAAUGUUACAGACACAACAGUUCUACAGACUUAUUUUUUACUCACUGAGCUCUAUUUGAUUGAGAACAAUGUCAUCAUCUUACAUAAUAAUAGUUUUGGGAAACUCUCCAAUCUAGAAAUUUUAAAUAUUUGUAGAAACUCCAUCCACAUAAUUCAACAGGGUGCUUUUAUGGGCUUAAAUAAGCUAAAACAGCUAUAUCUCUGCCAAAACAAAAUAUUACAACUGAAUCCUGAUAUAUUUGUGCCUCUAAAAAACCUGAUACUACUUAGUCUGCAAGGCAAUUUGAUAAGCUAUUUUGAUGUACCACUACUGUCUCAUCUGGAAUUCAUAACUUUAUAUGAAAACCCAUGGAACUGCUCUUGUAGUCUACUGAGUUUGCAAAACUGGUUGAACACAUCGAAUGUGACACUAGAAAAUGAAAACAUCACCAUGUGUAACUAUCCAGAUAUCCUGAAGCACUACAAUAUCAAAACAGUACCUUACAAGGCUGAAUGCUACUCAAAAUUUCCUUCGCUUAUAACUAAAGAUCUUUAUAAUCAUUUUCAGUCCAUUAGCAAUUCAACACUUCAUAGCUCUUUCAACAACAUCACAAGAAAUUCAGAACAUGAAUCUCUUGGAAAAAGCUGGGCUUUGCUUGUUGGUGUUGUAGUUACCGUACUGAUGACUUCACUCCUCAUUUUUAUUGCUAUCAAAUGUCCAGUAUGGUAUAACAUUCUGCUAAGUUACAAUCAUCAUCGCCUGGAAGAGCAUGAAGCAGAAACCUAUGAAAAUGGUUUUACCGGAAAUCCAAGUUCUCCUUCACAGAUACCAGAUACAAAUCCUGAAGAAACUACAGUAAUAUUUGAACAACCACAUUCAUUUGUGAUAGAUGAUGAUGGGUUUAUUGAAGACAAAUAUAUAGAUACUCAAGAAUUACAUGAAGAAAAUUAAUUUUCAAAGUUUGAUUCUUUAAAAAUUGUUACCAGCUCACUCACAGUUUAGGCAAGGAGAUUUUGAUAUGUGACAUACUGAGAACUAUAGCUAGAAGACUUUCAUAUUAAUUGCAACACAUAUAAAUAUUAUAAAAUUAUGCUCUUCUCACUGGCAUUGUACAAGUAGGCCCAAAUAUAGCAACUGCCACUCCUUAGUAGCUAGCAGUUAAAAAUACUAGCAUUACUAUUCUCAGUAGUACUCAGGACACCAUACAUAAUAGUAGGAAAGGCCUAAAGUAAAUUGUUCAUUAAUUAAAAUGAGCUGAUUCUCAUAUUAGCCAGAUAUUUGAUGUAAUACAUAUUAAAUUAUAUUAAAGUUUUACUGCUUGGUAUCAAUAAAGAAAAAAGAUUUUGGAUUUCUAUCAUGAGUCAAAGGGAAGAACAGAGGUAGUAUAAACUGACAAUACACUAAGAUUGAUUUUAUGCUCAUAGAAUGAAUACAUGGAAUUGGAAAAUGCUUUUUAAAUUUUUUUAAAUGCUUCUUGAAUUGGCACAACAAAUUUCUGAAAAGUUAGUAGCAAGUUAAAACACAGGCACAAUGUCCAGGCACAAUCUCUAAUAAGUUACCAUUGAUUCUGGAUACAAAGAAAGACUGUCAUCAUAAUGCAUGGUCAACACAAUUGAAUAAUAUGGUGGCUUCCAAAGUGGGAAUUAUCUAUGAAUCUUGUUUUAAAAAAACACUUAUUUCUGCCUCUCUUUGGGAGAUUUUUAUUCAAAUGAGUUUGUGUUAGGGCUGAGGAAUCCUCAGUUGGUCCAUGGUCAGUUCUUUGGGAUGCUGUAGAUAAAGCAAUGUUUCCCAAACUUUCUAGAACAUUAAUUUCCAGAGAGACAUUUAGAAGUAUUUACAGGAUGGGGGAAAAAGGAACAUGGUCAAACUAAUACAGAAUCACUGUAGGAAAUACUGGAUUUAAACAAAGUGAAACAAGCUUCUUUACUAUAGGACUUAACCAAGACUUUAUUAAGUUAAACCACUCUCUGAUCUUCAAGAACAAAGUUUUAAGAAUUUUCCAAACUUUCUUAAAAACAAAACCUUUUCUUUGACAUAUGCCUACAAGUAGCUCAUAGCACAAUAAUGGUCCAAAGAACACUGGCCUUGAGCCUAUUAUAGAAGAAUCUAAAGUGAAUUAUUUGCCAAUUCCUUAUAAUCAUUGGCUACAAUCAUAAUUUUAACAACUUAAUGCAAACAGUGGCAUUAAGAACUGUAACAAAAUCUAUUAUUUUUACCUCCCAUAUGUGGGGAAAUUAAGUGUAUUUAUCUAUACCUUUUAGAGAAAAGAAUAUUUCUAAAAUACUGAAAUAUAUUUAUGGAAUGAAUAAUAUAAUAUUUUGUAUUUUCUUCAUUGUAAUACAGGGAAGGGAACAGUGGCUAGCAGUGUGGAUAGAACAGGGUUGCAUAUAAGCUGAUGAAGCCGGGAGAUGGGUACACAGGAGUAUAAUACACUAGUUUAUUUUUGUGUAUGUUCAAGUUCCUCUAUAACAUAAAGUUUUUAAAACGUGUAUGUACCUAGUAGUUUCUUAGAAAAGAGAGACUAAAAAUAAUGUAGAUGUAUGUUAUAUUCUAACAAUAGUCAUUUUUAAGGUUAUAUCAAUAGUAAAUUCAGUUCAAAUGUUUACUGAGGAAAAUAAAAACUGUUUAGGACAAUAUACUCUGUGAAAUAGAAUUGACUCAUUUAAGAUGUGUAUUUGCUCGUAUGUAUAGGAACAUAUGUUUUCAAUAAAGGAUAUAAAUGUUUUAUGUGUAAUAUUUCUGAUAAAUAAAUUAUACUUUACAGUUUUAAAUCUCAA